AUUUCUUUUUUUCUUUUUUUUUUUAUAUGUUUGCUCGUUUCUUUUUUAUACUUACACUUUAUAAGUAUUUUUAAUAAUAAAGAAGAUGCAACGACAACAACGUCGAUCCUUCGACGACUUUGCUCAUUCUGUCUCUUUCUUUCUUUCGUGUCUCACCUUCCAUAUUCUAUUUCUUCUUCUACUUAUUAUAUUUCUACUGUUGAUUCAUUUCAUUUAACUUAUUACCUUUUUGUCAAACGAUCAAAAUAAUGUCCAAUAAUUUGUCGAUAUAGGGCUUUAAAAAAAAAAAUAAAGUGUCAUCGAGCGUCGGCAUCGAACGCGCCGCGCAUAAGAUCCUUUGCAAACAAUUACAUAACCUCACUUUUAAGUACCUUUAGUGCGUCAGCUUGCAACAACAACACUAUGACGUUGACAACGUAUAACUGUCGCGUUUCGUACGUCAAAAGUUCGGGAAUAUUUCGAUUAUUAUCUUCGAAGAACCGAACGAAAACUUAACCCGAACAACACUUUAAGAUUCGGCUCUUCGUAAGCGCGCGAUGCCAUUAACAGAACUGCGCGUGGGUACAGAAGCAUAUAUCGUUCAAACGACGAACCAUAAUUUCUUUUUGAUUCAGAACGCCAACUCGCGACGUCUGCUUCAAAUAGAAAAGCUUCUUCGAUUCAACGCCAUCUAUGAAUGCACUAUGUAUUUAGAAGUAACCUUACCUAGUGGUUAAAAUUAUUUGCUUUCUACCUUACUAACGUGAAAAGCAACGUAUGUGUUUGAAAAUACCAAAUGAAAAUAAAGUAACGAAUUACAUUACCAUUACAGACAAUUCUUUUCAGACGUCAUUAUACACGUGUAUUUUGUUGAGGUUAGUUUCAAGAAAUUGACUUAUUUUAAUACUACAUUAUAAACAUUUUGAAAAAUUUGGUUAUACAGUUUUAUACAUAUUGUGAAAGAAUACUUGAAACAUAUUCUUAACAUAUUUGUAAUGUGAUCAAGCAAACAGAAGACAAUAAUAAUGGCAUUAGAAAGUUCUAAAAGUAAAUCCAGAAUCCCUUAUAUACCGGGUACAAAACCUUCCAUUAAAAAUGCACAACUUCUUGUAUCUACUGGAAUACCUUCUUUGGAUUAUACAAUAGGUGGUGGUCUACCUAUCGGAUCUAUAUUUUUAAUUGAGGAAGAUAUUUAUGGAACUUAUGCUCAUGCAAUGCAGAAAUAUUUUAUAGCAGAAGGAAUAGUUUCUAGUCAUCCUUUGUUGAUAGCAUCUCAAGAUACAGAAAUUACUACUCUGCUGUCAGAAAUACCUGCUCCAAUAACAGACACUGCUUCUGAACUCAAUGUACAAUCUAUGGAUGAUCGAAUGAAAAUUGCAUGGAGAUAUCAGAAUUUAAGAACGGUAGAUUCAUCUCCUAUGGGAGGACGUAUCUUUGGACAUUUCUACGAUCUCACAAAAUCAAUGGACAAGAAAGUUAUCGACAAUGCAAAUAUAACACAGUGGGAUAAACCAAUGAAGAAUAUUAUGAAGAAUAGUGUUUUUGAAAAUCCUGCUUAUGAAGAUUUAUUAAAAACUGUUGCGAAAACUUUAAAGAGUGGAAUGUUUUUCACUUCUGAUGAACCAGAUAAAAGAAAUGUAUUAAGAAUUUCUAUUAAUUCUUUGGGUUCUCGAAUGUGGUUUUGUGAUAGUGAAGAAAGUACACAUGCAGAUAUGUUUAAAUUUUUAUAUUGCUUCAGAGCUUUAUUAAGAAAUUCUUUUGCUGUUGCAUUUAUAAGUUGUCCAACUCAGAAUUUUGACAAUUAUGAUAAUAUGGUGGAACGAUUGGAACAUUUAUCGGACUUUGCUAUCAGAUUAGAAUCAUUUGCUGGUUCAUCAAAAGAAACUAAUCCUCUUUUCAAGGAUUAUCAUGGUCUAUUACAUAUCAAAAAAUUACCGGCCUUAAAUAUAUUGGCUCCACAUACACCUGAGUCAAGAGAUCUUGUUUUUAAAUUACGACGUAAAAAAUUGCUAAUUGAGAUUCUUCAUCUACCACCAGAAUUUGGUGAUACUACUCAACGUGAACAGGAUGAAAUGUCAACUAGUGGUUGUUUAACCAGUGGAAAGAAAAAUCUUUUAGAAUUCUAAUAUUUUUUUUUAAUUAUACAUUUCUAAAUCUAAUUUAUUCUAUAUGUAAACUAUAGAAAUAUGGACACUGUAAAUAAACAAAUGAUAUUU